AUGUGGCGGCCCUUGCCUAUCGUUCGCCUUGCUCAGAGACUGCCCAUCGCCCGUGCGACAUUGCAAACGUCGGCUGCCCGCCGGCGCAGCAUCGUACCCAGAUCAUGGGUUGAUCAACCUGGCUGCAUGCAGCGAUGCAUGAGAUACAGCAGUACAUGCAAGAUAUCGGCUGCUACUGGACCGGUCCAGCUGCGCGACUAUCAAGAAUCCAGCAUUCAAGCCGUCCUCGAUCAUCUUUCGCGAGGAGAGAAGAGACUGGGCAUUUCACUUGCCACUGGCAGCGGGAAGACUGUCAUCUUCAGCCAUCUGUUAGAUCGAGUACCAGCUCCAUCCAAGAAUGCCACACAUACCCUCAUCCUCGCGCAUCGUCGUGAGUUGAUCGAGCAGGCUGCCCGACAUUGCCAGCAGCUCUACCCAGACAAGACUGUGGAGAUCGAGAUGGCGAACAGCAAAGCAUCUGGUCUCGCAGACAUCACCCUCGCCUCUGUGCCGACGCUGGCGCGCUCUGCAGAACGUCUCCAAAAGUUCGACCCAGCACGCUUCAAGCUGGUCAUAGUGGACGAGGCUCAUCACAUCGUAGCUGGGAGCUACAUGACAAUUCUCGAGCACUUUCGUUUGGCCAAUCCCAAUAACCUAGGCCCGACCGCGCUUGUUGGAGUCUCUGCUACCCUCUCCAGACAUGAUGGCUUAAAACUGGGCACUGCGAUAGACCACAUUGUGUACCAUAAGGACUAUGUAGAGAUGAUAGAGGACGAAUACCUUGCCAAGGCCAUCUUCACUACUGUCAAGACGGGCGUGAAUCUCGACAAAGUCAAGGUCGCAGGUGGAGACUUCCAGUCGAAAGCGCUGAGCAAGGCUGUCAAUAACCCAGAGACCAAUCUUAUCACAGUCAGGGCGUGGCUAGAAAAGGGAGGAAGUCGGAAAUCGACCCUGGUAUUUUGCGUUGAUCUCACACAUGUCGCAGAUCUCACUGCAGUGUUCCGUCAGCAUGGCGUCGAAGCACAGUACAUAACAGGCUCGACAAAUGCGCAGGAACGAGCGGAGCGGCUGCAAGCAUUCAAGAAUGGCGAGUAUCCUGUGCUCCUCAACUGUGGGAUCUUUACCGAAGGUACUGAUAUACCCAAUAUUGAUUGUAUCUUGGUGGCACGGCCGACGCAGUCGAGGAAUCUGCUGAUUCAGAUGGUCGGCCGCGGCCUGCGAAAGUACGAAGGGAAAGCGAAUUGCCAUGUUAUUGACAUGGUAGCCUCGCUUGAGGGAGGAAUCAUCACGACCCCUACAUUGUUUGGACUGAAUUCACAAGAGCUCGUGAAUGAAGCUGACUUCAAGACAAUGAAGAGCUUGAAAGAGCGGAAAGAGCAGGAGAAGCAAAGGGAAGAGCAGGCGAUGCAGGCUGCUAGUCAACCGCCGCCCGAGCUGAAGGGCGAUGUCAUCUUUACAGAUUACGACAGCGUCAACGAUCUGAUCGAGGACACGAUGGGAGAAAGACAGAUUCGCAAAAUUUCGCCAUUUGCCUGGGUGCAGAUAGACGACAUCAGGUACAUCCUUACAAACCUGGACGGGGCCAACGUGAGCAUCAAGAAGGAAGGAAGUGAUGAGUAUGUGCUCUGGUACACUGCACGGCUACCAGAUGGGACAACAUCGAAGGCACCAUAUGCCAGGCCACGACAGAUAGGGAAGUCAGCGACAUUCGAGGCUGCCGUACACGGUGCAGACACGUUCGCCUCGGAAACAUUCUCGUACGACAUGAUCUCGAAGUCUGCCUUUUGGAGAAAGAAGCCCGCGUCCCAGAGUCAAAUGGACUAUCUGAACAAAUUCCGCCAAGAAGAUGAGCAACUCCAGUUUGGCAUGAUUACCAAAGGUCGGGCCGGGGAUCUGAUUACGAAAAUCAAGCAUGGUGCUCGAGGACGCUUCCGACGGAUGACAGGGGAGAAGAAGAAAGCGCAAAAGAAAGUACAGCGAUGGCAAGACCGGCAGAGCAGAGAGCAGGUCAGGGUUGGGCCAGUGGCGAGAUGA